AUGGGUGGAGUGAAGGAGGAGACGUCAAGAUGGAAGGAGGAGGAGGAGGAGGAGGAGGUUGUGGUGUUGGUGGUGGUGAUGGUGGAUGUGAUGGUGAGGGUGAUGGUGGCUAUUGGCGGGGAGAAGAGAAUGCAAGUGGAAGAGGAUUGGGGAGAGGAUGGUGGAAUGGCGUGCGGCAUGGCAGACGGUGGAUGUGUGCUCAUCGAUCGGGCAAGACACGGAGGUACUCAACUCCUCCUCCCCUCCUCCUCUUCCUCCUCCUCCACCAUCGAUAACAACGACUAG